UCUCAAAUCUGAGCGGCAACGCAACUGUUGUGUAUUCUGUGAAAAAUGUGCUGUAUUAUUUUAUUAUUUCUGUUGGGGUUAUUUUCGCAGAUCUCGCGGGCCCGAACUUUGAUGGAACCAAAUCCUGGCUGCACAGACUUCUGCGUCAAAUCCAUAAAAUCAGUGCUGGAUCAACAGCUUAUGAUGCAACUGCAGAUGAAAAACAUUGAAAACAAGUUGAGGACCCAACAGGAAUGGGCUGAAAAUCUAAUGAAUCAUCAAGAACAACUGGAGAACAGACAAAAACUAGAGGCAAUCGAGUCCAGACUAAAAAAACAUGAAGAUACCUCAUCGACGCAAUUGGCCAGACUGGAGAGUGUAGAACAUAGAUUACUUGAACGCCAAAGGAUGGAUAAUUCUGGAGAAAAUGGUCUGUUGGAAAUGAUCGAAAGAGUGAAGCAAAACUUGUCAGAUCAGCAGGAAAGAAACGAUUCUGACAUAGGCAGGCUAAGCGAAAGACUGGAUGGACUAGAGAAACAGAUAAAAGAGCAGCAGAAGAGGUCUGCUUUCAUCGAAAGCUCAACCACGGAGAGACUUGGAAAAUUAGAAGACAAACAGCGACAGCUGGUUUUGGGUGCACAACAGAUGCUCGAGAGACUAGGACAAAUAGAAAAACAGAUCGCAGUCGAGCAUGCGAAGGCGCAACUCGAGAGGGUGGAGCGAGAGUUGGCACAGCAAGGCAAGAGUGCCUCUCAUCUCGAAAAGUACCGGGAUAGACUAACUCUAAUAGAGAAACAGUUCUCAGGGCGAGAGAAUGACACCUUAGUUACGAAGAGAAUCGACCACUUGGAGAAAGUGCUGUCGGGGCAACAAGGCAAUAUAACUUCAAAUAUUAAUCGACUCGCUGAUAGUGUUAGCGGGAUAAAGGAAACAUUUUCUGCCCAACAAUUGAAGCAUAUCUCUGAGCACGCUGCGACAAGGGAGAGAAUUGAAAAAUUAGAGAAACAAUUAGCUGACAAGAAACAAAAGAUCGACUCGGAGGUAAGUAAGUCGGUGGAUGUGCUGAAUAGGGUAAAGAAUCAGUUUACAGACCAACAAACGAAGCUUGAAAAUGAUGAAAAGAGACUGUUGGACUCACAGACCAGACUGUCCAAGCUACAGGAUCAAUUUACGAAUCAACAGAAAAAAGUUUCUAACCAUGAGGCAGCCAUUAAGGAGUCAGAGUCCAAAAUAAAAAUACUGUGGAAGAACAUAUUCGUCACGGUUCAGAAACAUGGCUCUGAGGGAAAUAAGCUGACAGAGGUGGUUAAUGGACUUAAAAAUCAGUUUGCAAGUCAUCAAACGAAGCUUGAAAAUGAUGAAAAGACACUUUUGGAAUCACAGACCAGAUUGGCCAAGCUACAGGAUCAAUUGACGAACCAGCAGAAUAAAAUGUCCACCCACGAGGCAGCCAUUAAGGAGUCAGAGUCCAAAUUAAAAACACUGUGGCAGAAUCGGCUCGUAACAUUUCAGAAACUCGGCUCAAAAUAUUAUUAUUUUGAGAGGAACGAGAAACUAAACUGGACAGAUGCUCGGGAUAGAUGCCAAGAGCUGGGCAGCCACCUGGCUAGCCUGCAGGACCAGCAGGAGUUCGAUUUAGUGACCAAAGAUCUAUACGACGUUUACUACUACUGGUUGGAUGUGAAUGAUAUUGAAACAGAAGGGGUAUAUAUGUCGAGUACUACUGGGAAGAAGGCAAAUUUCUUGAAAUGGAGACAAAUCCCAGAUGACUGGAAGGGCAAUGAAGAUUGCGUAGAACUGGCCUAUGAGAGUAAAGCAAAUGCAAUGGGAAUGAACGAUGUACAUUGUUCGGAAAAACACAUGUACAUUUGCGAAAAGUAGUUUGGUGGGGGGCGAAGUAGGUUGGUAAAAUUAAGUUGUUUUUCUUUUGCUUAGCUCUAAGUGUGCCAAAUGUUUUCACUGAAGAUUUCUUAAUAAAUCUCAA